AUGCAACGAGUUUUUGAAAGAUUCCGGAAUGAAGCAGAACUGCUUGCAAAGGAAUCGAAUACUGAGGUUGAAAUUGUUGUCAAAUACUCAUUCAAAGGAAAACCUGAAACGUCGUCUGUCCUUUUAAAUGAACACAGCAGGUGGAAGAAUAGAACACAAGAGGUGCCACAUAACAAGAGCUCACAGAAACCAUUAAUAAAAUCAUCAGCAACUUAUGUAAAGAUCCGAAAUCCAGGAAGUCGGCCUCCACCGCUUAGCACAAAAAGCAAAAAAAAGAUUCGGGAACCAAAAGAUCGAAGUCCUGCACAAUCUUCCUCAAAUGAGACUCUACCUGUACGUAUAAAUACGAAACCCUCAUAUGACAUGAAGUGA